AUGUCGCAGCAGUCGCAGUCCAUUUGUCGUUCCGCAACCUUAUUCGGUGUGCUUGCGAUACUACUCGCCACCUCAUCGGAUGCUUCAGAUAUCUCGGUCAAGAUCGAGCGUCAUUUUCCAUGCUCAGAGAAUUCAGCAUAUGAAAGUGGUGUCUUCUCGGAUUGCUACGGUAAUGACGAAGCAAUGUUCGCUUGGUCAAUGAAACGUAACCAGAAUGAGAGCAACCUUUAA